GUAUUAUUGUUCGUGGUCUCCAGGAAGUUGAGAAAUCAACGAAUGACACUUAUGCAGAAGUAGACGAUACAUGUUCUAAUUGAGUGCCAAGGAAUAUUAUACUUAUGAAUUAGUUCGAGGCCCUGCGCUAGGCCUUUUCAACCGAGGGGAAUUGAGGAAGGAUGAUGAACAAUAUUUGGUCUAACAGAUUGAUUUCCCAUAUUGUUGAAAAUGACAAUUGCGCCAUAUACGCCUUAAUCGAUGGAAAUGAUCACCAGACAAAGCAGUUAGCAGAAACGAUUGGUCUCGCUGGUGUUAAUCCCCUGCAAGCAGCAUGUUCAACUGGCAAUCUAGAGAUCGUUCAUCAUUUUCUAUGCAAUGGUGCCGACCCGAAUAUCACUGUGCCUAAACGCCCGUCACCAACAAAUAGCACAAACUUUGCUGGGCAUGUUGACUUCUCGUGGUGUUGUAAAGGAUUUUCGCCACUACAUAUCUCAUGCUUUACCGGAAUUAAUGCAAUCGCAGAAAUUUUGGCUGAAAAUGGUGGUGAUUUGAACCAGCGCGACGUCCUUGGUAGAACACCAUUACAUUUGGUUGGUUUAAAUGGGUCAGCAUCUACAUGUUCUGUAUUAACUUCAUUUGGUGCCGACGUGAAUAGUUUAGAUGCAUCAUCGAGAAUACCACUGCAUUAUGCUUGCCAUAAAGGUAACAGUGUGGUGGCCAAACAUUUGAUGGAGAAUGGAUCUAAAGUAAAUUUACAGGAUAAAGAUGGACGCUCCCCACUUUGUCUGGCUGCAAAAAAUGCCCAUUCGGAUGUCUGUAAGUUACUUUCACAAAGGAAUGCCGCUAUUAAUCUAUCUGAUUAUAAUGGGUGGACAGCAAUGCAUUUUGCAAGUGCCAGCUGUGAUUUAGAUACUAUUAAACUCCUUGUGAAUCGAAAUGGAUCUGUUGAUAUUAUCGAUGAAGCUGGAAGGUCCCCACUUCUUUUAGCAGUAGAGUGUGCUUCCAAACACGGAAUUAACAAAGUUAAUUUUGACAGUCAUGAAAGCGAACCGGUUGGGGUACUUAAAAGAGGGACUGAAUCUAGAAUUGGGGUUACAAAACAGUUAAUAGGAAAUGAAAACGCAGACACAUUAUUUGACAGAUGCAUUGAGGUAAUUGAGACACUUAUAAGACAGGGUGCAAACGUGAAUAGACACGUUACACAAAGUGGGGUUUCUCCUUUACAUGUGGCUGCAAGAGGAACUCGGUCAAUCAUCCUACAAGCUCUGGUUGCUAAUGGGGCUAAUGUGAAUGCUAGGGAUGCGAAUGAGAGAACCCCGUUGCACAGUGCUGCAAGUGCGGGUCACAUUCCAAACGUGGAGCUUUUGGUGAAAUUUUGUGCAAAGAUGAAUGCUAAAGAUUCGAACGGUAUGACGCCAUUACACCAUGCAGUCGAAAAUCAUAACAUCGGCAUGACAAAGUAUCUACUGACCAAAAACGCCCGAGUUAAUGCGAGAAAUACAAAACUCCAAACAGCGCUUCAUAUAGCUGCAAAACAUAAUGAUAUUGAAACUGUAGGCAUUUUGCUUGAGAACGGGAUAGACACAACAAUUAAGGAUAAACAUAAUCAUGCUGCAUUGCAUUAUUGUUCCACGUUGGCAUUAGUAGAAUUACUCCAAAACAAACUCAAUGUCUGUUCAACUGAUGCCGAGGGCGAUCUAACGAAGUGAUACAGUCAAGACGCCAAAACGUUUAAAAAUGUAAAAUCAUAUGUCACAGCAAAAUAAAGAGUGGCUUAAAAAUGGGACACUCGUAUUUCAAAAAUAAAUAUUGAUUUUAUUUAUGAAAAUAUGCCAUAUUAUAUACCAAUGGAUAGGGAAUUUACUUAUCUUUAAUUUGGUAUAUCGUAAGUUCAAAUUUAUUAUAAUGUAUGUUAACCAGCGUCCAUAAUAUAAAUGACCUCAUUUUCGUUUCGAAACGGGUUUUCCAAAACUUGCAAAAACCAAAUUUUAUUUCUAUAAACUUUCAACUUUAUUUAUAUAAACAGACGUUCAAUAUAUCCACCAUUUUGAUCAAUCAUAGCCCUCAAUUAUGGCCUAAACU